UAACGUUACAGUAUUGCAAAAAAACAAAAUGCCAACAAUUGGACCUCCGGUGGCUUGCAGCAGUGCCACUUGUACACAACCAAAGACAUCGUCAUGUCGCCGCUGCGUGCGAUGCAAAUCUCAAGCAUACUGCUCCAAGGAAUGUCAAAUCCAAGCAUGGCCUACGCAUCGAGCGGCAUGUGCCAUGAUGACUUGCGCCCAGAAAUGGCGAGAAUUGGAAGCUCAGUGGUGGCGUCAACUGCCACCGAACGAGACACUAUCAAUGGUCGCCGAGGGCUUGGAUCCUUUAGCCAUGGCAUUCUACGGGGAAGUGUACUUCGCGUUGUGCAAUCUGAAACCAUGUGUCAUGCUCACUGGCAUCCCACAUCACUUGCAACCAUCCUUCUUGCAAAAUGUGAUUCGAGCCAGCAAUGUACUCGACCUCAACAUGUUGUCCCUUGUCCAGGCUGGCCCAGUGUCGACGUUAUCGUUUGACUUUUCAGGCACGUUCGUCUUGGUGACUCUGGGCCACCCGUUGGCGUCCGAACUGGUCGUGGCGCUGUCUACUCCCGCUUCCAUGCAAGUGUCUGAAACCACGGUCGCUCGAUGGCUCGAUUACCCCGUCGCACUCGACACGUGUGUGGACACCAGUGCCAUGGUCGAAAUUGGGUACUUUGACAUUACCACGGACCAACUCGUGACGUCGUACUGCGCCACGUUCCACGACCCAAACCACCGACGGCAAAUCCUCGACCACUUCCAACGGUACACCCAAACCCUAGGCUCAAUCCUGCAGCUUCGACGCGACGCCACGUCAGUGUAGCGGUGUGUACGAGGCUUGGAUUCGUUUGGCCCAAUUCACUGCAUUUCCUGCGGCUACCGGAGUCGGCGUUGGGUUCGUGUCCUUCGCCAGGUCCGUCGCACCAACCACGUCGUCGGCAACUCGCACCGUCUUAGCCCGAGGUGUAGUCUUCGUCUUGACGGCCUUGACUGAUUUGGGUGGCUUCACUUUGACCAUGGAGGGUACCACCACCUUAGCGCCGUCGUACAUUUCGGCCAUGGCGUCGCUUACAUGGACCGACUAGGCAUAGUAUUCUUAUUAUCGUACAAACGACAAGGAAUCCAAUAUAAACCUCCAUGGGAGC